GGAAGUGAUGUAAAUUGGGGAUACUCUAUCCUUCGGGGAAGUAUAGCAUCUGACCGUAUUGAAAUUUGUCUGUCAAAUCUGCCUCCAUCCUUGUAUUCUGACGCGCAAAUGGCAUAUCUAACAAUGAGAACAUGAACGGCACACUGUAAUCAUCUGGACCAUGUUGAUAUUUUAGUUCGGCGGACUUCGGGAAGAUAAAAAAGGAAUGGUGAAAGUCGGAUUGUUAAAGAAGGACCAGGGAAUCUGGAGGGGGAAGGGAUCUGUGAAUUCAAGAGGGUUGUAAACUGGUGAAAGAAGGCGGAAUAUUUGUUGUGACAACGCCAAAAAGCCACCGGCGGAACGUCAAUUUAAAAGGAAAAACUCGAGUCCUAUUUAAAAAAACUUAAGUUACGAGUCGAAACGUAAGGUCAUUGUCAAAAUGGAGCUUAGAGUUGGGAACAGAUACAGACUUGGUAGAAAGAUCGGAAGUGGCUCUUUCGGAGACAUAUACCUAGGCACAGACAUUUCAGUGGGGGAGGAGGUUGCCAUCAAACUAGAAUGUGUGAAGACCAAGCAUCCCCAACUGCAUAUCGAGAGCAAGAUCUACAAGAUGAUGCAAGGAGGAGUGGGAAUUCCAACAAUAAAGUGGUGUGGAGCAGAAGGGGACUACAAUGUUAUGGUUAUGGAGUUGUUGGGACCCAGCUUGGAGGAUCUUUUUAACUUCUGCUCUCGCAAGUUCAGCCUGAAGACCGUUCUUCUGUUGGCUGAUCAGAUGAUCAGUCGUAUUGAAUACAUUCACUCCAAGAACUUCAUACACAGGGACGUGAAGCCUGAUAACUUCUUGAUGGGACUUGGCAAAAAGGGCAACCUGGUCUACAUUAUUGACUUUGGACUAGCAAAGAAGUACCGUGAUGCACGUACACAUCAGCAUAUCCCCUAUCGAGAAAACAAGAACUUGACUGGCACUGCACGUUAUGCCUCAAUCAAUACACAUCUCGGAAUUGAACAGUCAAGGCGUGAUGACCUGGAGUCCUUGGGCUACGUUCUCAUGUACUUUAAUCUGGGUUCACUGCCUUGGCAAGGCCUUAAGGCUGCUACCAAGAGACAGAAGUAUGAAAGAAUUAGUGAGAAGAAAAUGUCCACCCCUAUUGAGGUUCUCUGCAAGGGAUAUCCCUCUGAGUUUGCAACUUACCUGAAUUUUUGCCGAUCCCUGCGAUUUGACGACAAGCCAGACUAUUCGUAUCUACGGCAGCUCUUCAGGAACUUGUUUCACAGACAAGGCUUCUCGUAUGAUUAUGUGUUUGACUGGAACAUGCUUAAGUUUGGAGCUAACCGCGCAGCAGAGGAAGCAGAAAGAGAACGUAGAGACAGAGAAGACAGGCUGAGGCAUGGCAGAAAUCCAGGGACCAGAGGAGUACCUGCUGUGUCAGGAAGACCAAGAGCCACUCAAGAAGGAACCCAACCUUCCCCACUCACACCCACAUCUCACACAGCAAACACAUCUCCUCGACAAGUGUCUGGUAUGGAGCGUGAGCGCAAGGUCAGCAUGAGACUGCACCGUGGCGCUCCUGUCAACGUAUCAUCCUCAGAUUUAACAGGACGACAGGACACUUCCCGCAUGUCCACCUCACAGCAUUCCCUACGAACAUCACGCCACCAAGUAGACGCUCGCCAUGUCCUUGUGUGACGGCAGCAACACUGGAUGGCAUCUGUUGCAAUGCCUGCUGGUCUCCAUCUUUUAGCUCCAAGAUGAGCACGUGCCCCCGACCCUAACCUGGCGGACCAACAUCUGGGUCAUUGGAAGAAGUUCACAAAUGCUAGUGCCAGAAAGGUUUCUACUCCUAAAGCAACCAUUGAAAAUCAGUUUCUGUUUGGUCACAAACAACCUGCGUCAGAACCUACAACAGUUCUCUACACUUAGACACAACAGUUUUGCACAGCCUUCCACACUAGCCCCAGGUACUAUGACCAAACUCCUAAGGGGCUUUGGGUUGUCCAGAAAACCACAGUAAUUCAGCCAUGUUUUCUUAUACACUGACUGAUCACAUAUAAUGGAAAAAACUCUUGAUUUUUUUUUUCUACUUUACACAGAUUCCACAGCCAGUUAUUGCGAGUUCAUACCAGAUAAUCAACUUUUUCCAUGGCAGUAAGGUUUAAUAAACCUGAUGCUAAAUCGUCAUUUUUCUGUAUAUUUCUGGGUAUUUUGUGAUCCGUGAUGCUUUUCAUCUGUGUCCAUGUUCUGUAUGUUCUUCGAUGAACGGUCUUCUUUGAUUAACUUUCACUUUGGACUGAUUUCAGCAACUAAGAAGCUACUUCUUUGCAUGUUAAAGAGGUAGGCCAUCAGUCUCAGGUGAGAAGGCUCGAGUAUUAGCUGAACCUGUAAAUAUACCAAAAUAUGCUUUGGUAUUUGGGAUGCAGGGAGCCGUGUCUUCAUUGAGUAAAAGAGGUUUUGUCUUUUAAGACCCUGUUCAGACCCUGACUUUGUUUUUCCAAGCUCUGGUCAAUAGGGUAGUUUACAUACUAUGUUUGGGGUAUCAAAAGAAUUUUGUCCAUUCACUGUAUACCCAAACAAUUUCAGUUCAUUCUAGUUGGUGUUAACUUGAAAGCUGUGAAGUACGUACUUAGUUAUAUUGAUGUAAAUGAUUUGUCAUGUUUUCAGUGAGGAUGGAAAGGAACUCAGCGACUGCUCUCAGACUUAAAUGUUCACACAUUCUACAACCAGCAAUGUUGCUGCAACAUUUCCAAUGGCAAUAGACAAAUAUUUCAUGUAAGUUCAAUUUAUGUUAUGCGUAAAUCACUUAAUCAUGAAAAGUUACUAAAAUUUGCAGAGCACAGCUUGUCUUAAUUUUGCACGCUUCAGAAGUAGUGUUUUUCCUGGGACUGUUUAUAUGUACCUGAACGUACGUACACUGGCCAUGACUAACAAUAAUGCCAUGUCUGUCAGAUCAUACUGGCCAGUUAUAAUUCCUUCUUGCUGCUGCAAAUUCUGCUGAUAGUGAUUUGGAAUCGGCCUCCAUUCUCACCAUUCACACUGCAAUACAGUACAUAAGAAACCAAAUCAGCUGGAAUGAAAUACCCAUUUAUAUUUGUGUACUUUCCUUGUAAAUAAAAUAAUAACUUGUA